AUGGUUAAAAAGAAGACGGCUAAACAGCAUGUUCAACACUGCAUGGGAUGGUCUUAUCAUAAUAACAAAGAACGCUAUAUGAAUAUGCCAAUAGACCAAAAAAGGCGCGAGUAUAGGUGCCGUGAUAAUUAUUUCACCCUAGACCAUUUACCGACAUGGGAACAAUAUACUCGCGGUCUCCCAAAGCCACCAGAAUUUCCAGUUAACACAAAGAUUAAUGAAAAGGUUACUGUAUUUACGGGUGAUAUCGUCGCACUGGAAGUCGAUGCCAUUGUUAACGCGGCUAACCCUGAUCUAAGGGGUGGCGGAGGAGUUGAUGAGGUCAUACAUAGGGCUGCGGGUAAAGGUAUGUUACAAUCCGAGUGCCGGACAUUAAAUGGGUGCGCGACAGGAAUGAGCAAAAUUACAGGCGACAUAAUACACACUGUUGGACCUGUUGGCGAGAAUCCAGACCAAUUAGCAAGCUCGUAUACUACCUCGCUGGACUUAAUGCUCCAGCACCAAUUGCGAUCCAUAGCGUUUCCAUGUAUAUCGACGGGUGUUUACGGCUAUCCCAAUGAAAAUGCGGCUCACAUUGCCCUACGAGCUGUCCGGGUGUGGCUCGAGGUUAACAGCGCUGCCAUCGAUCGCAUCAUAUUCUGCCUCUUCCAGGACAAAGAUAUCGCUAUCUAUAAACAAUUAAUGCCAUUUUAUUUUCCCUAUAAAACUGGUAAAAACGAUCAUGAACAAAAUAAUCAAUCCAGUGGUAAUAUAGCUAGCAAGGCCAAUUCAAAUGCAAAGCCCAAUAAUGUGGGUUGGCGAGAUCAGUCACCUGACAGGGUUACCGCGAUCGAUCACUCGCUUAUGGCCAGUCACGUACCAAUCACAAUAAUGCACGUGUUCGAGAACAAUCACCAUGUCGAUGUAUUACACAUACGACCAUGCCCUCUGCCCAACAUCAGUCAGCAUGGAAUAAUACCGCUCGUCUAUUCAAACAACAAGCACGUGGGGAUUCGGGUCCGCCGUAUAAUAUCAAAACAAACCAGAGUGCCCAUAAUGCUGUUAAGAAUGAGGCUGUUCAUUGCGAUCAUUGUGGCCGUUAUGAUGAUUACCGGCCGCCGACUGAUCGACAUGAUUAAUGGUCUGUUUAACGGCGAUAGUAAUGACAGCCACAUUAAUUACUAUCACAUUGUUGCAUUUACGGCUAUUAUUUGUAUAUGCUAUGCCGUUGCCGGAGUACUCGUAGGCGUUUCGGAGACCGUCCUAGCUAACUAUGAGCAAACCUAUGUGGCAUAUAUAGCAGCAGCCGUAGGGAGCAUUAUAGCUGCCCUUACCACCGGGGUUAAUACCGUUUGCUUCACUGUAUUAUUAAUGAUUAUAUCGCAACUCUACGUGACCAAAAUCACGCAACAAACAACUCUCGUGAAACAGUACGAACCAAUGGGAUUGGUUGGUGAGAAAAUCAUCGAGAUCAGGGACUCAAUGACCAUGCUCAGUCAGCUGAUUGGCAAUCAAUUAUUGGUGAAGAUUGGUUACGGCGCGAUCAUGACAUCGUGCGUCAUGUUUAGUUUGGCCCAAAACAUGCGACACCAACCCCCGGACCGCAUGGUUAUCGCUAGUUUGACACUGCAAUUGAUCCCGGUCAUGUUGGACAUGUUUAUGGUGUCCCAAUGUUCCCAACGUGUUAUCGACGCGGCCGAUGCCCUGUGUAUGGCCAUGGAAUCUAGGAUGUCCAGCGAAUAUGGUGAUAUACGGGAAAACGAUCGUGAUAGAUUGCAAUAUGAUCUAGUGCGAAACGUGUGCCAUGAUCGUUUUGUGUUUAAAGCGGCCAAUAUUUGCCGCAUCAGUACGUCC